GGUUCCGUCAAAGCCUCGAUAUGGAAUGUAGGAGACUGGGAGACCAUUAAUACCAGCCUCAGCGACCUGGACUCGGCCACCGGUAAUAUCCCACCCCGUGCGGCCACCCAUCACACUCCAUAUUACAUCAUUAAAGCAACAUGAGCGGGACGAUCACAAGAGUCGCCCUAGCCGGAGCGACCGGCAACCUCGGCCCCGCCAUCCUCAAGCAGCUUCUCGCAGCAAACUUCCAGGUGACGGUCCUCACCCGCGCCAGCAGUACCACCACCACCACCAAGCACAGCUUUCCCCCCUCAGUCCGCGUCGCGCCAGUCGACUACGACUCGCUCGGCUCGCUAGUUGCCGCGCUCCGCGGCCAGGACGCCGUGGUCUCGACUCUCACCUCGGCGGCGCUCUCCAAGCAGCUGCUGCUAGUCGAAGCCGCCGCACAAGCGGGCGUCAAGCGCUUCAUUCCCAGUGACUUCGGCUCCAACACGGUGCACCCCCGAGUCGCGGCGUUGCCAUCGUACGCCGACAAGGUGGCCGUCCAGAAAUCACUCCAGGCCAAGGCGGCCGCGGAACCGGGUGCGGCAUCGCUGACAUACACCAUCGUGCUCAACGGGCCGUUCCUGGACUGGGGCCUGGAGGUGGGCUUCGUGCUGGACGUCAAGAACCGGCGCGCGACGCUUUACGACGGUGGCGACCGUGUCUUCAGCGCCACCACCCUGCCGACCGUUGGCAAGGCCGUCGCCGCCGUAUUGCGGAAGCCCGACGAGACGCGCAACAGGGCCGUGUACGUGCACGACACGGCCACGACACUUCGGAAGCUGUACGACAUGGCGCGGAAGGCGACACCCGGGGAGAAGUGGACGGAGGAGGUUGUCAGUGUGGACGGCCUCGUGGCGCAGGCUUGGGAUGAGCUGACGAAGGAAAACCCUGAUCCGGAGAAGUUUGUCAUGAAGUUCAUCAGUGCUGCGAUUUGGGGCGAGGGCUAUGGGGCCCACUUUGAGACGACGGAUAAUGAGCUGGUCGGUAUCAGGGAGCACACCGAGGACGAGGUGCAGGCUGUUGUCCAACGCUAUGUUUAGCGAUAGGGUUUGGUAGAUUCUUUAUAUCUUGACUGGAUGAGGCAAUGUAGCUAGCCUUUGCGGAUGCCAUUGAGGACUGGCGUGCAAUGCUUAUUGCAUUACCAAGUUCUCAAGUCAUCCUAGGAAUUUAG